GAAUGAAUAGUUUCAUGUAAUUUGAACAGUGAUAUUCUGCUUUAUUGACAUUUGAACUUGAUGAUGCUGAAAUAAUUGACGCAAGUGUAAACUGUGAAAUUAAGAUUUUAUUAAGAGUAGAUAAAUAUUAUAUAUAUAUAUAUAUAUAUCUGAAAUAAUUUAAUCAAGUUUAAAGCCCUUGACAGAGGCAGUAUCCCACCUCAGACAUUUAAUGCAAAAGCAAGACAGACGAGUCAGUAUAGUUAGUACAUCGAUCGAUAAAUCAAAGUUAUCCUGCAGCAUGUCGACUCGGAAUUCGUCGCAAGUCUGUGAUCAUGGUUUGGGGUCCGAAGGGCUGUUCUGUUUUUUCCCGGGCCUCACCAACUUAUCAAGGGCAACAUAACCCUGGAGAGCACAGUCGUACACGGAGUCCCCUGUGGACUUCCCGAUCGCCACCGCUUGUUCCGGGUAGUAGAGGGUCGAACCAAUGGCAAUCAGGCCGGCAGGGUAGAUUACCCUUUUUAUUCUAGAUCCUCUUGCAAGAAAAAAUCCCACCACACCGGCGAAACCAAUGAUUCCAGCUCGGGGGUAGAAACCAUCCGGUGGCUGUCUUAAAUAAGCACAGACCUCGUUUCCAAAGCGGGUGACCCGCUGAACUUUGGGUCUUAUGUUUCCAUAGACGUCUUGACACCAUGCCGAGUAAGGCUCCAGGGACGUCCUUAUGCCGGCGAUACCGCUCUCCAAUUUGCCUGCCUCCGUCUCCACAUAGUUGAACGUUUCUUUUGGGGUAGUGUACAGAGAUAGGGCAUCUCUGUCUACCACUAUGGGGACUGGUUUGUUGUCCUCUGUGGUAGCGAACACGGCGGGCAGCAUUUGAGUUGUAGUAGUGGUGCCUGUCACCUUGAGCCUGAUCCGAGCGGUGUAGUCCCCGGGUCCUUGCGUUCCUCCAAGUACGGUGAGUGGGCAAGUACAAAAGGCACUAAGUGAUUAUAUCGCUAGUUUAAGAAAUACCUUCAAACGUAUAUGAAUAAUUAAAUAGGAGUGUACAGAGCGAAACAAACUAAUGAAUUAAAAAAACAAUAGUUUCUUUGAGGAUCUUUUUAUUAAAUGAGGCAGUGACGUACAUUUGGUUUCCAUGGCAGCCAGGAAACUUGCGUCUCCUUGGUAACGGCAAGGAGCAACACAAUCAUUAUUGGGGUUGCUUAUUUUUUUUUUACCAGCGUGGUCGUUUAGUAUUUUAAGAAGUCUGUUUGCGGUGGGAAUGGAGUUACAGGGAUUAUCAUCAUUUGAGAGUAUGCAGGCUCUUUCUAGCAUGCUGUCGACUCAACAGGGUGACGAAGAAGAGGAUCCCAAAAAUGUGAGAGGUGGUGCACAUAUUGGACCGGGAGACAUUGGUCCCCCACCCAAAACCAGCACUGAGCCACACGGGUCCAGUGCUUACAUAAAGAAGGACAGUAAAGAUAUAUGGAGUGAGGAGGAGGUAGCUGAGGGCUCCCACUAUGAUGACUUGGCAGAUCCACGACCACAGCCAGAGUAUGAAAUAAUACUGAAGCAGAAUGUGGGGACAGAAGACGUCUUCUUGGGGCUCAGUGGGAAGGACCCAUCGUCCAUGAAAUGUGAGGCCAUGAAGAUAAAAAUCAAACUACCAGAAACCAAAGCAACAGAUGUUGUCCUGGACGUUAAGGAGAAGUUCCUUGAUCUGAGGACGCCAAAAUAUAAACUGGGUCUUCAUCUUCCCCAUCCAAUCCACUGCCAUGAAGGGAAGGCUCAGUUCUUCAGCGAUAGAGAGGUGCUGGAGGUAUCUCUAUUGAUGAACCGGCCCAUGGACUCUAUAAACUUGCAAUAACUAUUGAAAGUGGUUCUCAUUAGUGGUUUUACACGCAAGGAAAUGCUAGUAAAUGCUAUAUUUAGAAAAUGAUGUAUGUAUAUUUCACGAAAGUAUAAAGGAUGGGUCGAAAGGCCCGAAAUGUUUGGUCAUGCAAUGAAACCCAUAACACUUUAUGAGAAUAAUUGUGAAAGGUGCCUAUUUUUGUGUUGAUGAUGUGUAACAAGUCCUAAUA